AUGGUCCGAACUGCCCAAACACAUCGUUCCAAACCUCGCAAAUCGAAACCCAUGAACGACCUCAUUCCAAUCAAAGGGCAACGUAAAGUCAUCCUGGGUGAACUGACCUCACCAAUCGAGAAAGGCGAUAUCAUCUUUUCCACCACUCCGAUAUUUCCGACAUUGAUUUCGGAAUUACUAUCGAGUCAUUGCUCAGGAUGUCUAAAGACCGCACAACAGAUAAGUGAGGAUUCGAAUAUCGACAUUGACAAGGUGGAAGAGAGGAUGUUGAAAUGUUCAAGGUGCCAAGUGCACGUAUUCUGUAGCGUGAAAUGCUAUGCCAGUACUUGGUGUUCACUCAAUGAUGAAUGCCGAGGACUAGCGAAUAAUCCCGGAUGGAUCCCUAAUACGAUCGCGAGGUUGGUGGCGAAAGUGUUAAGCUCACGAAGAUUCGGAAGAGAACUAUACGACCCUCUUCCAGAUUAUCCUGAUACGAACUUCACACACGUCAAUGAAGAGACACUAAAGAUCCACGACAGCGUCAUCCAGCUCCUCGCUCAACCGAAAUACGAAGGGGAAACGUUGAUUUAUACUGUCCAAUUUUGCCAGUAUCAUAUCGAUGAAGAUGAUGGUUUCGAAACCUUGAUGGGAAGAAUCUCCUCAUGCCUGUUGACGUUGUACGACACAUCAGCAAAUCCCGUCGGUAUGGGACUAUCCCCCCAAUUUAUCGAGGAUUCGCCACUCCUGCAAACCUAA